AUGGCUGUCCAGACGUAUACACUGCCUCCCCUCCCCUACGAUUACAAUGCUCUCGAACCGCACAUUUCGGCGGAAAUCAUGACACUGCACCAUGAUAAGCACCACCAGGCCUACGUCACGAACCUCAAUGCUGCCUUGGGCAACUACUCCAAAGCCGUGGCUGAGGCCAACAUACCCGAUCAAAUUGCCCUGCAAAACAUGAUCAAGUUCAACGGCGGAGGCCACAUCAACCACUCGCUCUUCUGGAAGACCCUCGCCCCUGCAGACAGCAAAGACGCCUCGGACCCCAAGGGCUCCGCUCCAUCGCUCAUGGAACAGAUCAAGUCCACGUUUGGCAGCCUGGCUGGCCUGAGAACUGUGUUCUCCUCGACCUUGAUGGGUAUUCAGGGCUCUGGAUGGGGAUGGCUGGUUAAGGCUCCUGGAAGGGACGGUGGACUUCGCAUCGUCACGACCAAAGACCAAGACCCUGUCGUUGGCGGGGAGGUGCCCAUUAUUGGUAUCGACAUGUGGGAACACGCAUACUAUCUACAAUACCAGAACGGCAAAGCAUCGUACGUCGAUAACGUGUGGAAGAUCAUCAACUGGACGGCUGCCGAGGAGCGGUUUAGGGGCAAUCGCGAGGAUGCCUUCGAGAUCUUGAAGGCUGGCAUGUAG